AGAGGUGUGUAGCUCACUUGAAACAGUGCUUUCACAAAAACAGAGGCGUGCUCCGAAAUAUCGAAAUUAUAGAAAUAGGAAAUUUUGUUCAUAAAUUUCGUGUGCCGUGGUUCAGUGACUUCUCCGGGCGUAAAUCGUUAGAAACCAAGAAACCAAAAGAAAAACCAAAAAAAAAAAAAAGAAAACCACAAUUAUUUUCGACAUGAUUUACGAGUUUAUCAUAAUGCUGAUCGGCUGGCUAUAUCCGGCCUUCGCGACAUACAAUAGCCUGAACGGUAACCUACGCUCACAGGUAUCCUGGAUGAAAUACUGGAUUGUGUUUGGUGUCUUCAAUGCCUUUCACUUUUUCACCGGCUGCCUGGAGCCGUGGGUGCCCUUCCUGAGUGGCUUCAAGCUGUUCAUUUUGUGCUGGCUGUUGCCCAGCUUGGGCAGCGGCAGUCAGUUCAUCCAUGACGACAUACUCGAUCCGCUGCUGAAGAGCAACAAGGAGGCAAUCAAUCGUACCGUCGAAAGCGUCUCCAGCGUGAGCAGCGCCCUGCUGCGCGAGCUGGUUAAGAUGAUCUAUCACCUGCUUGUCGAUGUCGUCGAGCAGUGCUGGCUGAUGACCCGCAAUGCGAAUGACAUUCAUGUGACGCCACGCCUCCAGGCGGCCAUUAACGAGCAAGCAGCCAUUCAACUGGAGGAUGUUAAGACCGUCGAGCCACAGCCACCGUCGCCGUCGUCGCCGCCGCCACCGCCGUUGCCGCUGCCGAAGUUAGACGCCAGCCAGCCCACAAAUGGAGCCUUCCGGGCAGCCGCCCUGAGCAGCAGCAUGAUAGAUGACCAACUGGCGUUGCGCAUACUUCUCGCCGAGGCGGUCAGUGCGGAGCGCAUGCAGCUGUGCCAACAGCUGUCCAGUUCAGAGCAUCUGGCGCCGAUCCACAGCCAUGUGAGAGUGGUACCCCCGAUCACAACGAAGCCCACGCCCAAGCCACAGCGUCCGCCCAAGCCGAAGCGCGGCAAGCGCAAGCAUCUGGAGGCAACCGCAGCACGAUUCCAGCUGGAGAUGGAUCUGGAUGCCGAUCGCGCCUAUCGCGAAUAUUGCGACGCCGAUGACGAAGAGAAGCACUAAUCCCAUCCCAACGCGCCCGCCCCCAAGACCACUUGGCACCCAGCUACAUUUCAGAGUAAGAAGAGAAGGAGAAAAAAGGAGGAGAUAGUCCGAGACAGAAUACUCGGCUUAGCCCAGUUUUUGUGUUUUUAUCAGUUUCUUAUGUGCUAAACGCAUACUUCA